AUGGUGAAGGAUGUAGAGCGGAUGAAGAUGGGGACAACAUCAAUAUCGUCAUUAUGCGAGUUUGAAACGGAAGAGUUGCAACGGAUGCCAUUGGUGCCUCCGCCAUUGAUGAAAAACUGGAGGUAUUUGUCAAAGCAGUUGUCGCUGGGCGAAACGUCUCGGGAGAUGGCUUGGGAGAGAAGGCGGCGCCAGAUUCUUCGUCAGCAGAGAGGGAAAAAUGGGUUGACUGAUGAUGAUUUGCAUGAACUUAGAGGUUGCAUUGAGCUUGGAUUUGGAUUCAACGAAGAAGAUGGUCAGAAACUGUGCAUCACGUUGCCUGCUUUGGACCUUUAUUUCGCCGUAAACCGUCAGCUUUCGCCUAGUCCACCUGAAAGCGGACGUUCUUCAUCUACUUCUUCACUUGGUGGCAGAUCAUCGUCUUUUGACAGAUCUGUAAGUGAGCCAGCUGAUUGGAAAAUUUGCAGUCCACGGAAUAAUCCACAACAAGUGAAGACUAAGCUAAGAAAUUGGGCUCAGGCUGUGGUAUGUUCUCUGAUGCAAUCGUAUUAA